GGCGUAUAUUCUUCUAUUUCAAGCAUACUUCGGUGUAAAAAAUGACGUCAACUGCGACUUCAAAUGGACCUGUCGCAUCUACUCCACUGAUAGCCACCAGCUUUUUCUAUACCGUCCAGGGUCAAAUCCGACAUGGCGAAUUCCCGCUCAAUCCCCAACUGUACGUCAAAACUUGUUAUCAUCACGGAGCCGACUGGAUCUUCUGCCAUGGUAUUGAGGAGGGGUUAAGUCAGCUAGCCACUCAGAAGCCAUCCGGAAGCCGAGAAUUGGUGUGGAAUUUUCCUUUACAAUCAUCGUGGAAGAGCACGAAUCCCUACGGAUGGCCUAGACUGGUACUCAGUGUUUAUGGUCCGGACGAGCUGGGCAACGCCGACGUCGCAUACGGCUACGGUUCAACGAUUUUACCCAUCUGUGCUGGACAUUUCACGAGAACGUUGCCUAUCUAUCGCCCACAGUCACAGUCUCUUCUGCACAAAUGGACCAGCUGGUUUACCGGACGUCGACCAGAAUUGAUUGAUCCCAAAACCAUAGCUCUCAAUGAAGGCCGUGAUGUUCUCCGAAUGGAAACGUUAGGUUACGUCACUGUCGAAUUCCACACGACAUUCAAAGACUUCCAAAGUCUGGGCUAUGAUUCGUCAUUAAGUCGGCCUGACCAACUGACCACUUUAGCAGCCUUUUAAAAAAAAUUAAAUACACGCUGUCGAGGUAUGAAAAAAGACUUUGAAAUGGAUGUAUUUCUUUGUUUUUCAACUAAGUAGACGACACCAUUCAAGGUGAGCAGCGGGGUAUAAAGACAUCAAAGAGCGAAAUUGUUCUCUUCCCAAACGAACGAGAUUCCG